UCUGGCACAUCUCUACUGUACCCAGCGCUGCUCACACAGGGGCCGGAUUAUGCUGCAGAUCAUAACAGGCAGCCUAAGGACCAGGACACCUGGCACACGACACUUGGAUUACUGUACUGACCCCUCUUGUGGCUCUCGCCUAUUGCUCAGUGUGUGCCCAGUGCAAGCAUCUGCAAGAGAAAAACCAAGUAAGCCCUGCAGCACAUCCGCUAGGCCAGACGCUAUGGAAGACCACAUAAGUUGGUCUAGUCUAUAGGAUGGUAGCGCACAGUAAGGUGGAAGCAGAUAAUGCCGUUGCAGACAGAAGAUCCCUACACUUGGAAGCCUCAGUCUCUGAUCGUUCCCAGAUCCAACCUGCCAGAGCCCUUCUCCAAAGCCCAGGACGUCCUAUCCCAGCCACGCUGCUCAGUAACACACACUUCCGAACCUUUCGCUCGCAGUCGGACUUCAGCUUGAUCACUAAAACCAGUGGCAUGUUGGAUACCUGUGGCUUUUACUGGGGACCCAUGACAGUCAACGUGGCCCAUGAGAAGUUAAAACCAGAACCGGUUGGCACAUUCCUCAUUAGGGAUAGCAGGCAGAAAAAUUGUUUUUUUGCCAUCAGUGUUAAGACAGCCACAGGACCUAUAAGUAUAAGGAUACACUUUACUUCUGGGAAAUUCUGCCUAGAUGGCAGCAAAGAGUCAUUUAACUGCCUUUUUCAGCUGGUGGAACAUUAUGUGACUUCUAGAAAAAUGCUGAUUUCCCCCUUACGGAAAGUCAGAUUAAGACCUUUGCAAGAACUCUGUCGAAAAAGCAUCUUGGCAACUUUUGGGAAACAAAACUUGGACAAAAUCCCUUUAAACAGGGUGUUAAAGGACUAUUUAAAGUCGUUCCCAUUUCAGAUCUAACAACAAAAGGGCAUUAAGAAGUCGGUGGACUAAUUACCAACGCAGCUUCCUUUGGAUUAUUUUUUACAUCUUAUUUAACGCUGGUCAAGUUUAUUUUUGUAGCAACUUAUUAACUGUAUUUUGGGAUGAAAACUUGAACACAACAUUUAAUGUUUACAAAAACAAAUUGUUUGCACAAAUUAAGCAGGGUUCUCCCCCUGAAUAUAUGUUUUUUCUGCUGUGCAGAAUGCAGUAUUUAUUACAUUUUCAAAGUAAUAAACCAUAUAAAAUAUUCAGAAACAA